AUGGCAAAGCUUCUGCCUAAAACCUCAGCCUGCUUGAUCUCCCUCUUCAUGGCCAUGAUAAUCAACCAAACAUCCCUUGCUAGGACACUUGGAAAUUCAACCCCAAGUGAUCACCACCAUCAAAACCUUCAUCAUCACAAAAUCACAUUCUUAAUGAGAGACAUCUUCAAUGUAAAAUUAACCAAGCCUUCAACCACUAAACUCACAAGCACUACCGCUCAUAAGCUUCCAUUCUCCAAACCACUAGGCGGCCUAUUCCCUCCCAAAGGAGCUGUCCUCCUCCCCGAUACCGACAUUAAUCCCGCCACCACCGCAUCAUCGUCCUCUCCUACACUAGAUUUGCCCGGGAUUGGUCUAUCCUUCCCAGCAGCCAAAGCUACCCUCCAAGAGCUAGAGCUUGGAACAGUGACCUCCAUCGAGGAGGACAUUUUCCACCCUUUGGGGUAUGAAACUUAUGGCUCACAACUGCUAGGGAAAGCGCAAGGGAUGCAUGUCGCGAGCUCGGAAGACGGAAGUAGCCACAUGAUGGCCUUGACAGUGAAGUUUGCUAAUAAUAAAGGUGAUGAUAAAGUUGCUAACGGGUUGAGGUUUUUUGGGGUGAAAAGGAGUGAUGUGAAUGAGUCUCAUAUUGCAGUUAUUGGUGGUAUUGGGAAGUACCAAGGUGCCAAUGGCUAUGCAACUGUGAAAGUAAUGAAUGUUAUAAGGCCUAGUUCUGUUCUUGGGAAAGACAAAUUAGGAGCUGGGAAGCUUCUAAAGUUCAGUGUAUAUCUAAGCUAA